GUCAGCCCGAGGAAGGGGAAAUUUAGGAAUUCAAAGCUGCAAUAGAAAUCAGCGUUUUUUCCGCACUCAACCGCUUCUGCAAGAGGCUAAACAUGAGUGUACAAGAAGCUGAUAUGCUAUCUUCCCAACCCAUACCAAAGAGGCAAAAAUUCGAACCUGACAAGCAUCUCUUCGUUUGUUUCAUGCCCGUUGUAUUUCCUCUCAAUCCAAUGUGGUAUGCUGUGAAGUCUGUUUCAUUAUCGCAUUUGUCUGGCGGUUCAUCUGAGCACGACAAUCGGCUCCAAGAUGUGGUUGAAUGGAGUGACGCGACCUUACCUUAUGCUAUGGGCUUUUGUUGUGCAGACGGUAUUCUCUAUGGUGUUGGUGGUGAAAUUUUUGGCGAGGACAGUAUUGACCAAAAUUCUUUGGUCCGAGAGUUGAGGUUCACGCAUCUCCCUCUUGGAGGAAAAAGUUAUCUGCAUUCUGGUAUAAGAAGCUCAAUGAAAUGGGGGAAGAUUUUGCCCAUUGUAGUAGAAAUUGGUGGUCUUAUCUAUGCCCUCUCUCGGCCCCCAAUCUUAGAUUAUGGACGACGUGAAACAGUCUUUGAGGUUUAUGAUCCUUCAAAAAAUGAAUGGACUGGUCUAGAUGGCCCCCCUUUCUUGAGUCCAUUUACUUUUGGUGCUUUCCCUUAUUCAUACGUGGUUAUUGAUAAUAAAUUAUGUGUUUCAAAUGAGGCUGGCUCGUGUGCUUUUGACACUGAAAAUUGGACAUGGGAAGCUUGCGAUUUAUUUGCUGGUUUCUAUGAUAGUGAUAUUAUGAGCUCUGAAGAAAGGUACUUUUUCAUGGAAAGCCAGAAGAUUAUAAUCGCUCUUGAGAUUGUUCGUGGGAAAGUUGCCAGAAGGCUGACCUUGUUGAACGGCAUACGGCCCCGUGCUAAUUCUCAUUUUGUUGAUCUAGGAGGAGGUGACUUUUGUCUUGUUUCCCAAGCAGAUGAACGGGACGAAUGCCCUGAAGAGCUGACAGUUGUCAAGUUUAAGGUUUGGAAAGGUGAAGAUGGAGGCUUGGGAUGUGUAGAUGUGAUGGAAUCCACUCUUAAAUUUAGUGCCCCAG